AUGUUGCUCCCAAGGCUGAGAGAGUGCUCAGACAUCUCCUUCCUCCUCCUCUUCCUGGUUCUCCUCUGCAUCUCCACCGUCCGCUCAUCUGACCCCCUUCCAUCCACGUUCUUCUUUUCCACCAACGGGAAUGGAAGAGCACUUCAGAAUGUGACGCUUGCAGCCAUCUUGCCCCUGACCAACACGGAGUAUGCGUGGGCGUGGCCUCGCGUGGCUCCCGCCCUCUACCGUGCGGUGGUCCGUGUCAACGCCGACCCGUCCCUGCUGCCAGGCCUGAACCUCCAGUUGGUGUAUGGGAGCUCAGAGAACCGGGAGGGAUUCUGCUCGGACUCCAUGGCUCCUCUGGUGGCCGUCGACCUCAAGCUGUCCUAUGACCCCUGGGCCUUCAUCGGCCCCGGGUGUGACUACUCCUCAUCACCUGUGGGACGCUUCACCACACACUGGGAAGUUCCCAUGGUAACUGCAGGCGCCCGGGCCAUCGGCUUUAAAGAUUACACGGCAGUCACCAACACUGGCCCGACACAUAAAAAGCUGGGCGAGUUUGGGCUAAAGAUCCAGGAGUAUUUUGGCUGGCAGCGUCACGCCAUGCUGAUGUUCAGCGACAACAAAGACUUCAACAACGACCGGCCGUGCUACUUUGCCAUCGAGGGACUCUACACCCUGUUUGAAGACAAGAACAUCACCAGCCACGACCACGUCAUAGACACCGAGAAGUUCAGCUACCAGGAGCUGGUCCACGACAUCAGACAGCAAGGGAGAGUGGUGUACGUGUGCUGUGCCUGGGACAUGUUCCGGAGACUGAUGGUCCAGUUCAGGAGGGAAGGGCUCGUGCAGCAGGACUACGUUUUCUUCUUCAUUGAUCUGUUUGGGGAGGGGAUGGGCGGACCCAAGCCCAUCAGGCCCUGGUACCGUGGUGACCAGGAUGACUACAUGGCCCGCGAGGCCUUCAGGAGUGUGAAGAUCCUGACCUACCGCGAACCAAGAAACCCUGAAUACCAAAGGUUUGUGCAACAGCUGAAAACCGACGCAGAGGCCAUGUUCAACUUCACCAUCCAUGACUCUCUGUACAACCUAAUUGCGGGGGGGUUCCAUGAUGGAGUGAUGUUGUACUCUCAGGCUCUGAAUGAGACUCUGACGGAGGAGCAGUGGAGGAGAGGAGAGGGAGGGGCCGUCAGGAGGCCCCGAGGAGAUGGAGUGACCCGCAGGAUGUGGAAUCGAACCUACCAUGGAGUGACAGGUGUGGUGCAGAUAGAUGAAAGUGGAGACAGAGAGAUGGACUUCGCUCUGUGGGACAUGGUGGACGUCCGCACAGGAGAGUAUCAGGUGGUGUGUGUGUAUAACAGCAGUAUUAAGCAGCUGGUGAUGGAGGCUGGACGUAGCUUCCAGUGGCCCGGGGGCGCACCACCUCUGGACAUACCGGAGUGUGGCUUCAAAAACGACAAUCCUGCUUGCCUCACACGUACGGUUACCAUGCACCAGAUGGUUGCCAUAGUGCUUUGCUUCAUCCUCAUCAUCAUCGUAACUGUCACUAUUUUUAUCUACAGGAAGCUGAAGCUGGAGAGCGAGCUGGCGGCGCAGCUAUGGAGAGUUUGCUGGGAGGACAUCCAGUUCAGCAACAUGGAAAAAGUCCUGAAGAGAACCUGCAGCAGAAUCACCAUGUCCUUGAAAGGAUCAAACUACGGCUCCCUGCUGACCAUGGAGGGAAACUUUCAGAUUUACGCAAAGACUGGUUACUAUAAGGGAAACAUCACAGCCAUCAAAUACUUGAACAACCAGAAACGCAUCGAACUGACCAGGAAAGUCCUGUUUGAACUAAAACAUAUGCGGGAUGUUCAGAAUGAACACCUGACCCGCUUCAUCGGAGCAUGCAUCGACCCACCCAACAUGUGUAUCAUCACAGAGUACUGUCCAAGAGGCAGUCUGCAGGAUCUGAUGGAGAGUGAGAGCAUCACGUUGGAUUGGAUGUUUAGAUACUCCCUCAUCAACGAUAUCGUCAAGGGCAUGGCCUUCCUACACAACAGCGUCAUUGUCUCACAUGGAAACCUCAAAUCCUCCAAUUGUGUGGUGGACAGUCGCUUCGUCCUGAAGAUUACUGACUAUGGCCUGGGCAGCCUCCGCAAGACGGACAGCAUGGAGGACACACAUUCAUGCUAUGCACGUAAAAUGUGGACAGCUCCAGAGCUCCUGCGGGCCGAGUGUCCUCCUUUGUGUGGGACUCAGAAAGGAGACAUCUACAGCUUUGGGAUCAUCCUGCAGGAGCUGGCUCUCCUCAAAGGAGUCUUCUACCUCCACAGCGAGUCGCCCACGCCCAAAGAGGUAGUGGAGCGCGUGGCGGUGGGUCGAUGGCCGUACCUUCGCCCGUCUCUGUGCUCUCAGAGUCACAGUGAGGAUCUCGGCAUCUUGAUGCAGCGCUGCUGGAACGAAGAGCCAGCUGACAGACCGGACUUCAACACCAUCAAACUACUGCUGAGAAAGCACAACAAGGGUUAUGGCUCUAACAUCCUGGACAACCUGCUGUCUCGUAUGGAGCAGUACGCUAACAACCUGGAGGAGCUGGUGGAGGAGAGGACACAGGCCUACCAUGAAGAAAAACGCAAGGCAGAGGCCCUGUUAUACCAAAUACUUCCACAUUCUGUAGCAGAGCAGCUGAAGAGAGGGGAGACGGUUCAGGCCGAAGCCUUUGACUCAGUCACUAUUUACUUCAGCGACAUUGUUGGUUUUACUGCCAUCUCUGCAGAGAGCACCCCGCUGGAGGUGGUGACCUUGUUGAAUGACCUCUACACUUGCUUCGACGCCAUCAUCGACAACUUUGACGUUUACAAGGUGGAGACCAUCGGCGACGCUUACAUGGUGGUAUCGGGUCUGCCGGUCCGGAACGGGAAGAUCCAUGGCCGCGAGGUGGCCCGGAUGUCUCUGGCUCUGCUGAAUGCCGUGAGAACCUUCCAGAUCCGACACAGACCCAAACAACAGCUACGACUACGUAUAGGAAUCCACAGUGGUCCGGUUUGUGCCGGUGUGGUCGGGUUGAAGAUGCCCAGGUUCUGUCUGUUCGGCGACACAGUUAACACGGCUUCACGUAUGGAGUCCAAUGGAGAGGCUUUGAAGAUUCAUGUGUCGGAGGCGACCUGUCAGGUCCUGGAGGAGUUUAACAGUUUCCAGCUGGAGCUGCGAGGGGAGAUCGAGGUCAAGGGCAAAGGUCGCAUGAAGACCUACUGGCUGCUGGGAGAGAGCAACAACAACAACAACAUGAAGUGA